AGCAUCGGUCCUCCAGGCUUGAGGAAAUCUCCAGCCAGUGAGCCAGUGUCAGAGCAUAGCAGGAGGUUGAGCUCCUGGGAGCUGACUGGGGUUUGCUUACCCUGUCCAGAGCGUCCUCUCUCAGACACAGAUCUCUUCAGGGAGCCGAACACUGACAGAGAGGUGGGCUCCAGCAAGACCGAAGGGCUGUUCUAAAGCUCACCCUUCAGUCAACUUCACCUGCUCCUCCCUCUACCUGUGCAGGCUCAGCAAAAAGAGAGUCUGUGUCCAAUUGUCCGUUCAAGACUUCUUACCCCUCCUGGUGAGCAGAAAUGGGAGACUGGAGUUUCCUGGGAGAGUUCCUCGAGGAGGUCCACAAACACUCCACAGUGGUGGGGAAAGUCUGGCUGACUGUGCUCUUCAUCUUCCGCAUGCUGGUGCUGGGUACAGCAGCUGAGUCCUCCUGGGGGGACGAGCAGUCUGACUUCAUGUGCGACACCCAACAACCUGGCUGCGAGAACGUCUGCUAUGACAAGGCUUUCCCCAUCUCCCAUGUUCGGUUUUGGGUCCUCCAGAUCAUCUUUGUCUCCACCCCAUCUCUGGUGUAUAUGGGUCAUGCAAUGCACACGGUGCGCAUGGAGGAGAAGAGGAAAAUGAAGGAGGCAGAAAUAGAAGCCCAGGAGAUGAAAAACAAUGGUGACACAUACUACCAGCAGAAGUGCCCUGUGGCAGAGAAGGCCGAGCUGUCUUGCUGGGAUGAAUCGGGAGGCAAAAUCAUACUCAGAGGCAGUCUGCUGAACACCUACGUCUACAGCAUUUUGAUUCGCACUGCUAUGGAAGUGGCCUUCAUUGUGGGACAGUACGUCUUGUAUGGGAUCUUCCUGGAGACCCUAUAUGUCUGUCAGCGAGCACCUUGCCCCCACCCCGUCAACUGUUAUGUUUCCCGUCCCACAGAGAAGAACGUGUUCAUUGUCUUCAUGCUGGCUGUGGCAGUGCUCUCCCUGUUCCUCAGUCUGGCUGAGCUGUACCACUUGGGCUGGAAGAAAGCCAAAGAGAGGUGCUCCCGGUCUUACAAACCCAGCCCCAGCACAGCUCCUGGCAGGUUGGAGUCUGCCCCACAAGUAGAAAGGGCUCAGAUGUACACUCCUCCACCAGAUUUUAACCAGUGCUUGUCAAGUCCCAGUGGAAAGUUCAUCAGCCCCUUCAGCAACAAGAUGGCCUCCCAGCAGAACACUGCCAACUUUGCCACCGAGAGGGUCCAUGGCCAGGAGGAUGCUGCUGGUGAAGGACCCUUCAUUAAGUCCACCUAUGCUGAGAGUCCAGAGGUGGCCAACGAAUGUGCGGCACCUGCCUUCCCCGAGAACUACUUCAAUGAGAAACGCCGGUACAGCAAGACCAGCCGUGCCAGCAGCAAGGCAAGGUCAGACGAUUUGUCUGUGUGA